UAACGGUUUAUUUACUAUAGAAGUGAAUAUGACUUUUUCCAUUGAAGAUUUUAUGCUAUGUUUAAUUCCACAAAUUUACCCGUGAAUAUUUCACGCUUAUUUACAUACAAACACAGUUACACAAGCUUGUCGUUAAUCCCACCUGUAAUAAUUAAAUUGUCGAAAUGCCCUGAUAAAUGUAAUCCCUAGACCAAUCCAUUAUCUGCUGGCUAAUAAAUACGUACACAUAUUAUCUCUGCCUGGCUCAGAUUUAGUAAAAUAUUUCUCAGUAUGCAUUUCUACAUAAGUACAAACUCCCACUUGCAAAAUAUUCACAACAAUUACACAAUUAUUCAAAUUUUCCGAGAUGCGAAUAUAUCCCGACCAAGUUCCUCUCAUUGUCGACAUCUUAGUGCAAGACCCGGAUUUAACAAGUAAUCACAAACACGUCGCGACGAUCCUCGACACUCCCGCGCAUACGGCGCUCCAUUCCGCAAAACUUGUGGACAUUGGCGCUUUUACGAUUCCCGAGUAUUUUACGAACAUCAUUUUUGACUGGAUGGCCCGAAAAGGAGCGACCCCGAGGAGUUGUACGAUGACAGAGCUGUGUGGAUUAUUGAGGUGCACGAAUUACGGUGAAGUCGCAGAGCGACUUGAGAAAAAUGUGGUCACUUCACGGCAAGUGGCACAAAUCGCAACUAAUCAUGGAGGAUAUCUUGCCCACACAGCGUAAUGAAGAAGAAAUUUGGCGAGCAAAUAAAUCCGAAGUUCCUGAAAUGUAUAAGCACUAAAUUUACAAUUUUUUUAAGUUCGAAAAUUCAAAAACACAAUAUUUAUUAUUGUUAAGC